AUGGCAACGACGCCGUUAGUGCCGACGCUGGAAGACGCCUACAGCGAGUACCAAUCCGCCCUCAAUCCGAGCAAUGCAGUGGAAUGCAUUGUACGGCACGUCGGCGAGCUGGAGCGUGCAUACCCUGCAUUAUUCGAGCAAGGCACGAUCCGAAUGUAUUUGCACCGUGGAUGCUAUUGCGUCCAUGUAAUUGUGUAUGGCAUACUUGUGGGAAUGCGUGUCAAGGAGGACGAAUUGGAGUACACGCUGGACGACGGAUCGGGUGUAAUUGAUAUCCAGUACAGUGGCGCGGCCAAGCCCGUCGGUGUAUUUUCUUGCUACGUGCCAGAAGAGCGAAAAAAUGACGCGCCGCAGUUUCUUGUGGGCGAUACGAUACGAUGCGUGGCGCGCGUGUAUGAGCGGAGGCAUGGACGGGCACUGAAAGCGAUAGAGAUGGAGCGCGUUGAGGAUGCGAACGACGAGCCGCGGCAUAUCCUUGUUGCCAUGCACAUGGCCGAGCAUAUGUACAGACUACAGGCGCACGGCGAGCAGGCGCAGGACACGGCACAGAACAAUGUACAUACAGAGGAGGACGAUACAUGGGCUGCGCAUGGUGCGGACGCGCUAGUCGGUGGCCAUGCCGAGGCGCAAUUUCAAGAGGAGCGCGAGCCAAACGAUGCACUGCGCAUCGAGUUGCCCACAAGCCCUGCUGCCACGACGCACGAACCACCAAGCUCGACACGUGCCAUGUGCACAUUUCUGCUCGAUUAUCUUGGCAAAAAGAACGACGCGUUGCUCACACAGGUGCGCACAAACGAUCCUGCACUGCUUUCGCCAAGCGCCGCCCCCAGCUUUUGCGCGGCGGAAUUGCUCCAAAGCUCCAAGGUACGAAAAAAUGCAGCGGCACUUGUAGCGUCCAAGUACAAGGCCGCUGGUACGCACAGCAAGCCAAGAAAGCACGACUUGCAAGAUCUGGUCCAGCACUGUCUCGAUGCACUUGUCCGCCAAGGCGCGCUCGCACGCUCGGACGUCUCAGGGGCGUUUCAAGUUGUGUGUGCCUACCUCACUGCCGCACAUCUCGCGCCGAUUCUCCCUACGAUGCCCGUAUCGCUGGAGGACAUGCUUUGCCGUGCACGCAGCCUUUCUCCGUGUACACACAUAGAAAGUGCGUCGCUGAUGCAGGGCUUGGAAUUGCUUCAGCUACGCGGAAUGCUGGUGUGCCGUGAUGGAAUGUAUUGGCGGAAGGAUCGCAUGUAA